AUGGUUUCCCUGUAUCACAAAACAUUUCCGAGCGCUCCGGUCGCAUCUACCUCCUUGCCUCCAAACAAUCCACAACCUACAGUUCUGGGCGCACCCACAGCUUCUACCUUGGAAGCAAUUGUCCGUAACCCAUCCAAUACAUUGGUUGACAACAAACCCACCAAGAUCGGUGAAGAUAUGGCCAAGAUGCUCACUUCUGUGGAAAGCAUGUUUACAAAGAAACAGAAAAACUUCCAAGCCCUUUUCAGGGAAAUCUAUGGCCUCCACAACAACUGCCACAAGACAAACAACACCCUCUACCUCAAUCGCGGCACUCCCGCCAAAACCAAAGAAAUUUUGGCACAGAUCCUUGCUUUUUGCAAUGAACUUGGUGGCUUCUUUGCUAGUGACAAACAAAAGAAACAGUGUAGAUAA